UUGAAGUAAAAAUAUCUUAUACUUGUAUUUUAUACUAUAAAAUAAAAAGAAACUAUUCUUAAUAUUUUAUUUCCUCUUAUUCAAAGACGACUGCGUGUAUAUGAUCUAGGCGCCUGAUGCUGACUGGGCGCCAUAAUUUGCGCCACUAAACAAACACCUUAAAAAUGACAUCUACGGUUCUGCUUCUUCAUCGCGCAUCUUCAGAACCUGCUGUACCUAUCCUCAGCCAGUGGCAGUCCACAAUAAGUCUUCAAAAUGGAUAAAGCACAACCACAUUAUAUCUCCGUCUUUCCUUACUCCCUCAGUAAAGAUGGAAAAGGUGGAAACCCAGCCACCAUCUUCUUAAAUGCUGACGACUUGACGCCAGAAGAGAUGCGGCAACUGGCUACAAAGGCAGGCCAUGAAUGCGGAUUUGUUCUCAGUAAUGCAAAGACCGAGCAUCCUGAUUGCCAUCUGGUCAUGAAAUACUGGGUUCCAAACCAUGAAAUGGAAAUGUGCGGCCACGCGACCGUCGGAGCCGUCUGGGUCAUGGACCAGCUGGGUUUAUUACCUGCGGUAGACAGAAUCCGUAUUUCCACAUUAUCAGGUAUUGUUGAUGCGCAAAUCGUCAAGAAUGGAAGCGAUACAUCUGUUCUCGUGUCUCAGCCCACCGGAACCGUGGAAAAUAUACCCGAUGAUCUUGCCGCGCAGGUUCUAUCCUGCUUGGGCAUCUCGUCGAGCGAGCUAGCGCCUGCGCGCACAGUACAAAAUGGAAAGACGUCUCGGACAAAGACGCUGAUUCCGAUCAAGGAUCAAAGUGUACUUGAUCGGCUCAGUCCGGAUCCUGCCGCUGUACAGAGCAUUUGCGAGAAGAUAGGGUCCACUGGUUUGUACCCGUACGCUGUGCUUGACCAGGACGCACAGCUCGUUGAAGCGCGCCAGUUUCCCAGGUCGUCGGGCUACGACGAGGAUCCAGCAACGGGCAUUGCCGCAGCUGCCCUUACGUACGGUUUAAUAUCUAGUGGUGUUAUUUCAGCUGGCACAGUUCAGCCGGUUGUCGUGCGUCAAGGAUGGUCGAUGGGCCAGCCUUCCGAGAUCUUUGUGUCAUUACGACAUGACGAGGGAGCGGAAGGCUGCUGGAUCUCAGGCAAGGUGGUGUGGUCUGCUAGCCAUGCCUGAAUGGGCCUUGGGCUUGUUGGAGUUGUUAAGAGAUGAAGAGGCUGAAGUAGCCCGCAUAAAUAGCUAAAAGAAUUUUGCAUAAAUGCGACUUUGUAUCGAUGGACCCUGUCAUCUACGCUUUCCGCUCGGCUAGAUCAGCUACGACAUUGGCAGCCCGCUUCUCUCAGGUAUAUCGCACUAGAUCUUUUUUCCGCCGGGCUGCUUGGCGUUUUGCUCUGCAUUUGCGCUGCUUCCCAUCAUUUCAAGAAUCUCCGUUACUUACGCCCUUUGCUGUUUGGAAGGCAAAGCUAGGCUAUUUUGGACGCUACCUUGGAUAUUUCUACAAUCAUUCGAUUUUUGAUUAUUUUUUUUUUCGCUUCUUUUACUUGUUUCAGUUACUUUCACAGUCUAGCGUCUUUGCCACUAAGCCAACCGCCACAUCUUGUCCCAGGCGGAGCUGAUCUGCGACCCUGUUCAGCUUUCUGUUCCGCAUUUAAUCCCACUAGCGGCGGGACGAUCGUUUGCUUUUUGCGGGUAAAGUGUGCCGAACGUACGUUUGUGAUGGGCCCAGGCCCAGCACCUUGGGAGUAGCUGUGAUCCCUCAAAUAACAAAUUCCUAGCCCCUGUUCCAUUGCAUCUUCCUUCGGGUGUUCCCUUGUGGCUCCAUAGUACGUAUGCGUGGCAAUUUGUAUGGCCUAGGUCUACGCAUGGCCAAUGCUACAGUGAGCCGGCUGAGCCGAAUUAACCGGCAUUACAGGGCUUACUGUGCAUCCAUGGCUACCUUUACAGCCGAU